ACAGGAUGUGGGUCCUGCUCGCCACUCGCCAGCUUGCCAGGCUUGAACCCACAAGUCUGCGUGUGUGGCGGCAGCUCAGCGGCGACCAUAAAAUGUCAUCCAUGUAAACAUUUGAGAAAGUUUUGCGACAAUAGCUUUUUCUUUAUUCCGUUGGUUUUUUUUGCGUUUUUUUUGGACACACAAAGAAGACAAAAGUCCCCCCCAGCAGACUACAGGACUGUCCCAGACAUGUAGAAAUGGAGUCGUUUAUCGCUGGCAGCUGACUCUGAGUGAGCCCACCCCACAGCCGGCAUGGCGCAGGUUCUGCCCGUCUCCGCCGAGCCCCGUGACCCGGCCCACGGUGCACCAUCGCGCAGACGACACCGGUCAGGCCCCUCGCCUCCCGCCGCCCCCCUGGACCGCAUGGGCUCGGUCGGCAGCCUGGCGCACCCGGGACCCUUCCUCGGAGCGCCGAGGACCCCGGCGGAACACCUCCUGCACCCCCGCAGUCCUCCGGCCAGCAGGGGGCAGGAGAGCGUGAAGUGGGACUACGUGGACGGCUGGGAUGACACCCAGGUGGAGGCCGCCGGCCCGACGAGGUACCAAGGGGAAGAGGGCUUGAGCGGGAGCGUGGGCGGCCCACCGCCAAGACUGGUACCCGUGUCAGGACAGCUGGAGAAGAACAUGGAGAACACGGUGCUGCGGCCCACCGCCUUCAAAGCCGUCACCCCCAAGAGCCGCACCCCCAUGCACUACCUCUCCCCGCGCCACGAUGCCCACCGGGAGAUGUCGCCUUCCGGGUCAGAGAAGCGCAGCUCGUACAGAGCGGGGCGGCACAGGAGCAGCAGCCAGUCCUGCUCGCUGUCCGACUCGGGCCGCAAUUCCCUCUCCAGUCUGCCCCCAGGAGAAGCGGCAGGUCACAAGAGCGCACACGGACAUUCCAACUCGGACAGCGGCCGCUCCUCCUCCAGCAAGAGCUCCGGCUCCGUCAGUGGGCGGGGUCAGCCGCUAUCUGACUGCGGGUCGGGCGGGCGCUCCCCGGGUCCUAUGGAGGACUACGAGGGUGCGGUGAGGGACUUGGAGGACAAGCUCAGGGAGAGAGAGGAGGAGCUCCAGCUGCUCCGAGAGAACCUGGAUGAGAACGAGGCCGCCAUUUGUCAGGUGACUGCGAGGUUCACGAUCAAAGAUCCGCUCCAGUCCUGCAGGACUCAGCAAGUCCGUGUGGUGACUCGUUCCCAGGUCUACGAGGAGAAGCAGAAGCGAUUCGAGCUGGAGCUGGAGGAGCUGAGGCAGAGCUGCGCCACCAGGAUGCAGACGGCCUCCCAGAAGGCCCAGCGAGCCCAGCAGGCUCUUCAGAUGCAGGUCCAUCAGCUCCAGCAGGAGAAGAAGAAGCUGCAGGAGGACUUUGGCCAGCUUCUGAAGGAGCGGGAGCAGCUGGAGGAGCGCUGCACCUCCUAUGAGCACCAGAAGAUCCAGCUGGGACCUCGACUGGAGGAGAGCAAGUGGGAGGUGUGUCAGAAGUCAGGAGAGAUCUCCUUGUUGAAGCAGCAGCUGAAGGAGGUCCAGGGCGAGUUGGCGCAGCGUGUGGGUGAGACGGUGUCGCUGCGAGGUCAGCUGCGCCAGAGCCGUGGCGAGCUGACCAAGGCGCAGGUCCUCCUGCAGGAGGCGGACGGCGGCGCUCGCAGGCGCGGCAUGGAGCUGGAGGUGUGCGAGAACGAGCUCCAGCGCCGCAAGAGCGAGGCCGAGCUCCUCCGGGAGAAGGCGGCGCGCCUGGAGGCGGACGUGGCCCACCUGCGGGACGCCGCCCAGGGCAGCAGACAGUGUCAGGUGUUCCGGGGGGAGGAGCUGAGGGCCCAGCUGGCCGCCGAGCGCCAGCGGGCGGAGCGGCGGGCGGGCGUGUUCGAGGAGGAGCGCAGGACGUGGCAGGAGGAGAAGGACAAGGUGCUGCGCUACCAGAAGGAGCUGCAGCACAACUACGUCAACAUGCGGCGUAGGAACCAGCAGCUGGAGCACAUGCUGCGCGAGCUCAGUCUGGAACUGGACAACCCAGACGACGACGAGGGCAGCGGCAACGAGAUCAUCUUUGAUGACGUGGCCGCCACUCAAAUAUGACCCUGGCAUACCACCCUUUCAUUUCUCACACCGUCUUCUCAUUACCUGGCAUACCACCCUUUCAUUUCUCACACCGUCUUCUCAUUACCUGGCAUACCACCCUUUCAUUUCUCACACCGUCUUCUCAUUACCUGGCAUACCACCCUUUCAUUUCUCACACCGUCUUCUCAUU